AUGGAAGAGGAAGUACCAACCAGGGUCCAUUCACCACCAAGCCCCUCUACCAAGAGGCCAAAAGGUAUUCUCAAGAAUUCUUACCACCGCUCUCCAACUCGUCAAGCUCCAAUCUCGACUUCGCCUCCUCCUGCAUCACCAGUAGCAGCUGUUCGACCUGACUUCGAUCGCGAAAUUUCCGAGAAAGAUAUCACCUUGCAAAACACGCUUCAAAAUGCAGGUCAUCGUCGUUCGUCAUCCGCAGCACGACCAUCCGGGUCACGAAGGCAAUCUGGUCACUCUUCUAGUGAUAAUAAUGGAGACGAUGCAAAUAUGCGCUUGAAAUGGGACGAGGCAAACUUAUACCUCACAGAACAAGAGAAGAGCUCUACCAUGAAGAUCGACGAGCCAAAAACACCUUACGCGAAGCAAUAUGACCCAACCGAAGAUGAGGACGAGAUAAGAACGAUAGAUGCGCAGGAUAUCAUGGUAGAUGAGCUAGACAGAAAGCACAGUCCUGGAAAGAGCUCCCGCGCUAAGGAGGACGAUAUUCCAGGGCUCAGUCUAGGUGAGCCUGAGGAAGCAGUGCCAGAGAAUGAAGAAGACGAAGAGACACGCCGCAAGCGCAAAGAAAAGUCGGUUCACGUUGCGGGCGAGGACCAUUUGGGAAUGAGCGCAGAGGAAGCUGAGAAGCAUCGGAAAUUUGAGAAUAUGCGAAAAAAGCAUUACGAGAUGAAGAAUGUUGCGAAUCUACUUGGGCACCCAGAAGACCUGGACGCGCUCGAUGAAGAUGGAGAUAACGAUAUGAAUGGAACUGCCAGGUGA